GCUCCUUCCAUUUAACAAACUCGCCAUUGACGUAGUAGCUUCUUUACCAUUAAGCCAGUCACAUGGUCCUCGUCACUAAAUCUCCCAACUAAUCCCCGCAAAUAUCCCUUUCCUCCUCCUCCCCCCACUCCAAUCAUCCAUCAUCCUAUUCCUGUACAACACACCAACCCGUCACCAGCUUACGUAACACCACCAAAAUGAGCAUCUUCCUGGACUUCGACGGCACCAUCACAGCGCAAGACACCAUAACCCACCUCUCGAACUUCGCGCUCGGAAUCCGCGCAUCGGAAGGCCAGGAUCUAAAACAGCAGUGGAGCCAGGUCGUCAAAUCGUACGUCGACGACCACGGCAACCACGUCUCCUCGUAUGUCCCGCACGAGGACGCGCGGAGCUUGCCCGAGCAUGAGGUUGCGUUUUUGAGGGACUUGAAGACGGUGGAGAAGCGCUCGUUGGUGAGGAUUAAUGCGUGUGCGCUUUUUCGAGGGAUUGGCGAUGAGGCGUUUAGGGAUGCUGGGAGGAGGUUGGUGGAGGAGGGGACGGUGAGGCUGAGGGAUGGGUUUGCGGAGUUUGUGGCGAAGAGACGGGCGGAGGGGUGGAGGGUUUGGGUGUUGAGUGUUAAUUGGAGUUCCGCGUUUAUUGAGGGCGCUUGUGGCGGGUUGGAAGGCGUGGAGGUUAUUUCGAAUGAUGUGAGGGAGGAUGGGUCGAUUGCUGGGCCUGGGGUUUUGAAUACUCAUCUGGAGGAUGUGAGGAGUUGUGCUGUUGUUGGGGAGCAGAGGAAUUUGACAAACUCUCGCGAUAAGUUGGAUGCUAUGGAGGCUGUUCUUGCGGCUGAAGGGCUAUCCACGAAACCAUCGGUAUACUUCGGCGAUUCGACUACGGAUCUGGAGUGUCUGCUCGCUGCAGAUAGGGGAUAUGUCAUCUCGGAUAAGGAUGAUUCCUCGUUAUUAGAGACGCUUAGGAGGAUAGGCAAGGAGGUGCCUCACGUACGAGAUCGCGACCAGAGCACAGCGGGUAAGCUGGCGUGGACUUCAAAUUAUGAAGAUAUAGCUUUCCCAUCCUACGAAUCCAUUUUGCGAUAGCUUCAAUAUAUACUUACUUUCCUAUGAACGACGC